AUGGGCGGCUCCAUCCAAACACUGCGACACGAUAUCCAUUAUGGCACGUUUCGAACUUACAUGAGAUCACCAUUGCCGUGGACGGGAGGGAGCGCCUUGACGAUGGAAUUAUACUUCAAUGAGACAGAAACAUUCAGCCUGAACCUGCUCAGUACGGGGAAUGCCACCGACUCACGUAUUACGAUGCUCAUGAAUCGCGAAUUUCCCGAUUACAUCUACGGGGUCAACUAUACCACCUUGAACCAAAGUUCCUUCGAUCCGUGGAACUUUGUCGAGUAUCGAGUCGAUUGGACCGACAAAUACAUCCAUUAUUAUCUCGGCAAUAAGACAUGGCGGAGCGUGUCGAAGAAGGAAUAUGAAGGGUUACCCAGUGUUCCCGGUCCCAUUCACAUCAAACACUGGUCUACGGGGAAUUACUUCUCUAUGCAAGGUCCGCCAUGGAACGAAACGACCGCCAAUGUCGGCUGGAUACGCUUUUUUUUCAAUACAACAUCCAUGGAUCCUCAUGCUCGGAAGCGUUUCGACUCGACUUGCCACAUUUCACAGGCAUGCUCGGUUGAUAACAUGAGUCUCCGUGGAUUCACGUCGUAUUCAGCUAACGCUACUGCCAAGUGGAAGCAAGCAAGUGAAUCCACUGGUGGAAGCAUUCCAGCAGUUGUAGUUUUGUCUAUAUGCAGCGGUAUCAGCGCUUUCUUGGUCUCCAAUUCCAUUCUGCGCAGAAAACCCUGGAGUAAGCCCAUACACAAGAGGCCAACUUCGAGCACAUCCAUGUCACAUAUUGCAGAAGAAUAUAACUUCUCGUCGACCGAGCAUCUCGCUUUCCCGCCUGUGCUGAUGGGAAGCUCUCUGCGAUCAACAGGGGGAUCUGGCACUGUCACACCCUUGGAACUCACCAGACCACCUGUCACUCCAUCGGAUUUUCUAAACGAUAGGCUGUCAAGCCUAGCUCCAAGACAAUUCACUUCGCGAUCUAACCUGGCGGAAAUUGAGCCGGCUGACAAUACUACCGAAACGGAUGUCCGUAAGGAUGCUCGACCUACUACGGAGAAAAUCGAAACUACUACCACUACACGACCGGUGAUUCCAGGUCCAUCGGCGCUGCCUGCUCCUAAAAAGCGAGUAGACUAUCUUGCAGGCCUUGUAGCAGUCAGUUCGCUGCUUGUUACGGGAAUUCAUUUCUGCUUGACAUUUGCCAAUGCCGCCAUCAACCCUGGAGUGUAUGAGCACUACAAGAGCGAGGAAUGGGCGCGGAAGACGGUAACCCCGUAUUUGUUGAAUCUGAUUUGGAUUGGCCCAUUUCUGAUGACCUCGAGUCGUUUUCUGGUAGCCAGCUUCCUUCGAAGCGGCGAGAUGAAGGGGCUGGCGGAGAAGACAGUUGGGCGCACACCACGACUGAUAAUCCCCGUGUUCGCCAUCGCGUUGCUGGAAUACUUCUUCAUGGAUCUGGGAGCAACCAAAUGGCUCGAAUAUCUCCCUUCGAUCACUUGGUCGACCUGGCCAUUUGCCGUCGAAUAUGGAAACUUUGGCUAUUUCAUCAGCGAGAUCAUUGAACUCAUGUAUCUCAUCCCCAAUGCGGCCCCGCAGAUCACUUUCAACUACUGCACUGGUGUUCUCUGGACCGUCCCCGUGCAACUGCAGGGCUCAUGGGGUGUCAUCCUGGGCGUCAUAGUGGUUAGGGAGAUCAAAACUCCCUGGAAGCGGUUCGCGUACUAUAUCUUUUGCAUCUUGAACACUUGGUACGCACUGUCCUGGGGCAGCUAUUUCUGGCUGGGUCUGAUGCUAGCAGACCUGGACCUGACAUACAAGUAUCGAAAAUGGCUGAACUCCCACCUCUAUGUCCACUAUCCGUUGGUAUGUCUCGGGUUUGCCCUUGGAGUGGGAGGACUCAGCAUCGACCUGGCCACUCAAUGGACAAACGUCAACUACGCAACAUAUGAAUACGGCAUCCAUCCAGACCCAGCAACAGGCCUCCCUAUUGCCCAAACACCCCUAAACUCCUACCCUCAGUACUUCGUCCCGAAGCUCCACGGGUUGGUCUUCUCCUUCGGCUUUCAGCUCCUCGUCGAACUCAGCACGGUCAUGCAGAAGAUCCUCUCCUUCAGACUCUUCGUCAUGAUCUUCCCGCAUAUCUUUACAAUCUACCUCAUCCACGGCUUCGUCUUCUGGAGUCUCGGCGCCACUAUUUGCGUCCGACUGUCAGCCCUCGGCCUCCCUUACUGGGCUAACAUCCUCAUCGUCGCCGUCUGCUGCUACUCCACCAUCUUUGCUUCCUUACCAUUAUUGACGCCCCUUGUCGAAACGCUAGGCAGGAGCGUCACGGCGGAUAUCUGGCGUAUGGCUCAUCAGAAACCUCCACAGCGGAAACCGACGUUGCACCCGUGGAACCAGGAAUUCCUCAUCCAGCGCGCUGAGGGGACGGCCGGUACGAAAAGCAAGAGGAGGAUUAAUGUCAGUGCUGUUCUUGAGAAGAUCCCGUCUGCUUUCCGUCAUCAUGUUUAA